AUGGCGACGCCGCCAGAUCAAACCACGCACAGCUGGCCGUUGGACGUCGACCUCACGCCCACCGACACAGCUAAUACUUCCACGCAGACGGCCAUCUGCUUCCACGGCCAAGGCUUCCUGCGCAUCAGCUUUAUGCGGACCGUGCGGGUUUGCGACAACGACGACGAUGAUACGGUCUCCAACCUGCCGCCGGGCUUUGGUCCGUUUCCGCUGUACCGCGUCAGCGACCAUCCCGAGGCUUUCCCCGCCUCUGGCGAUCGGCCGGAGAAGGGGUACUUCUUCCCGAUGCACCAACGCGAGGCCAUGUGGAUCGAAUUCAGCUCCAACCGCCCCUUCGCCGUCAAGAUCUUUGUCGGAGGCAUAAACGCCAUCUCCGGCGAGCGCCAGCACGACGCCUCCUCCUCCUCCGACGAAUCGAGCGCCCAGUCCCAACAACCGCCGGCAAACCACAAUCAAGGCCGCAGCCAGCCCAGCAACAGCAACAGCAGCAGCAGCAGCAGCAGCAGCAGCAGCAGCAGCAUCCAAGACUACAUCGUCACCCCGCACCAGCGCUGGCUCGACGGCAUCGCCUCCUCCUCCACCACCAACACCGUCCGCCAAUUCGUCGCCAUGCCCAUCAACAGCGGCUACUCGGUCGCCGCGCAGCUCGCGUCCAGCAGGGGCGCCGUCGAAGCCGGCGGCCCAGCCAACGGGGAAGCAGCAGCGGAAGCAGCAGCAGCAGCAGCAGCAGCAGCAGCAGCAAGCAUCCGGCUCGAAGUGACGCCGCAACGCACUUCAUCAUCGCUCCCCCCACCCGCUCCGGCUCCGGCACUGCACGCGCCGCCCAUGCAGCCCACCAUGCCGCUCUUCGUCCGGCUGCCCACGGGCCGGCGGCUGGCGCUGACGGCGCGCCCCGACACCACGGUGCACGAGCUCAAGUGCCGCAUUGGGCAGGAGGAGCCCGGCCUGCCGGCCAAGCGGCAGCGCCUGCUCUGGGCGGGGAGGCACAUGGUCGACGAGGCGACGCUGCGCGACCACGGCGUCCCGCGGGAGGCCACGCUCUACGCCAUGCUCAGCCUGCGCGGAGGGGGCCGGGCGGCGGCGGCGGCGGCGCCCCAGUCGUUGUCGCCGUCGUCGUCUUCUUCGUCGUUGUCGGGAGGACCGCCGCCGCCGCCGCCGCAGCAGCAGCAGCAGCAGGACGACGGAGAAUUACUAGGCAAAAUGUCCAUCGCUCCCGGCGGCCUCAUCAAGCAAUCCGUCAUCCGCGACGACGAUGAUGAGAUGACGUCGUGGGACACGUCCCGCACCACGGCCGUCGACGUCCACAUUGUCGACUCCGCCGUCUUCGGGCGCAUCGCCGGGCCACACGCAACGACGACGCCCCCCAUCACGGCCGAGACGUACGCCAAGGCCGGGCAUCCGUACUACGACGUCCACGACGGGACGCAACUUCCGGGAUCCAGCGGCCCGCCGGCGGCGCCAUUUGAGGGCGUGCGGUCCGUCAACCAGCUCGACAAGGAGAAGAGGCGGAGCAUGCGCGGUACCGACGACGACGACGACGACGGCGGCGGCGGCGGCGGGGGGAAUGCUGCUGCUGCUGCUGCCGCCAUCGAGGCUGCCAUUCGGGAGGUGGACGACGAUUACAGUACGGCGUGUCCCGUCGUCGAGCUGGAUGAUCGUAGAGGCGAGGUGCUGCCCUUCAGUCAUCGUCACGUGCGGGCGGCGCCGUUCUGUCAGGUGGAGAACCUGGACGACGGGGUGGACGAUCUGGACGACCAGGUUGAGGAGUUUGGGGGUGGGUGGUGA